AUGGCCAAAGUUCUGCUUACAGGAGGCUCAGGCUUCAUUGCCGCACACAUCCUCGAGUUGCUGUUGAAAAGAGGGUACGAGGUGGUGACGACGGUGCGAUCUGAGGACAAAGCCUCCAAGAUCCGCGCCGCCCACCCGAAUGCCAACCUGACCGUCGUCAUCGUGCCCGACAUCGCACAGCCUGAUGCCUUUGACGAGGUAGUCAAGACGCCCGGUCUGGAGGCCGUCUUGCACACCGCCUCCCCCUUCCACUUCAACUUCACCGACGCCAAAACCGAGCUCCUAGACCCCGCCAUCAUGGGCACAACCUCCAUCCUCAAGGCCCUGAAGUCCUCCGCGCCAGGCGUGAAGCGCGUCGUAGUCACCAGCUCCUUCGCGUCGAUCCUCUCGGUCGCCAAACUCGAAGACCCAACCAAAGUCUUCAGCGAGGCCGACUGGAACCCCAAUACGUACGAGCAAGGCGCCAAGGGCGACGACAAAGCCGUAUCGUACCGGGUCUCCAAGACGCUGGCCGAGCGGGCCGCCUGGAAGUUCGUUGACGACGAGAAGCCCAAUUUCGAUCUCGCGACCAUCAACCCGCCCCUGGUGUUUGGGCCAGUUGUGCAUCAUAUAAAUUCGCUUGCCGCGAUCAACACGUCGAAUGCGCGGUUUGUGGACUUGAUUCAGGGGAAGAUGAAGGACGGGGUUGCGCCGACGGGGACGCACUUCUGGGUCGAUGUGAGGGAUGUUGCGAAGGCGCACGUCGAGGCCAUGGAGAGGACUGAGGCGGGCGGCAAGAGGUUCUUCUGUACGGCGGGGAAUUUUUGCAAUAAGGAGAUCGUGGAGAUUAUGAAGAAGAAGUUCCCUGAUUUGAAGGAUCAGUUGCCUGGGGAGGAUUUCAAGGGCGGUGAGUACCCGGAGAAGGGACCGCCUAAAUGUGAUAACUCAAGGGCGACCAAGGUGUUGGGCAUCGAGUGGAUUUCACUCGAGAAGAGUGUGGUUGACACGGUGACAAGCUUGCAGGCUCUGGGUGCUUGA